AUGAAAGUCCUUGUCAAGUGUUUUGGGCAUCUGCGGUCUCCUUGGGUUUUCCUUCAACAAGCAAAGAGGGGCUUAGCUUCUUUGAUCCCCUCAUAUUAUGAAGCUGUUAAUCGGGGCGAACAGGAAGUGCCCGAGUACUUCAACUUUGCAAGCGACGUGGUGGACAAAUGGACCCAAGAAGAAAAGGAUGGAAAGCGAGUCCACAACCCAGCCUUCUGGUGGGUCAGCAGUCAGGACGAAGAGGUGAAGUGGAGCUUCAAGGAGCUGGCUUUCUUGUCCCGAAAAGCUGCCAAUGUCCUCACUGGUCCUUGUGGCUUCCAAAGAGGGGACAAAGUUAUGAUCGUUCUGCCUCGUAUUCCAGAGUGGUGGCUACUCGUUCUGGCUUGUAUGCGAACAGGGAUUAUUUUUAUUCCUGGAACACCUCAGUUAACAGCUAAAGACAUUUCCUAUAGAAUUCAAGCUUCCAAAGCCAAAGGCAUUGUGGUGGCCGAUCAGUCUGUGCUUGCAGUGGAUUCAAUUACGGCUGACUGCAAACUUCUGAAAACCAAGCUUGUUGUGUCCAAUAGAAGCCGAGAGGGCUGGCUGAACUUCAGGGACUUAUUGCACGCAGCCUCUGGUGACCACGAUUGUGUAAAGUUGAGAAGUGAAGAGUUAAUGCUGAUCUACUUUACAAGCGGAAGCACUGGAUCUCCCAAAAUGGUGGAACAUUCCCACUGCAGUUAUGGCAUUGGAUUUGCAUCCAGUGGCAGGCACUGGUUGAAUCUGUCUCCUUCAACUGUUUUCUGGAAUACUUCAGAUCCAGGAUGGGUAAAGACUGCUUGGAGCAACUUAUUCGCCCCAUGGAUCCAUGGGUCUUGUGUCUUUGUGCAUCAUCUGCCCCAGUUUGAACCUACAGUCAUAUUAAAUACUCUGGUAAAGUAUCCGAUAACAACUUUCUGUACGGCUCCUACUGCAUACAGGAUGAUGGUUCAGCAUAAUGCCACCAGCUAUAAAUUCAGGAGCUUGAAGCACUGUGUGACUGGUGGGGAACCACUCAAUCCGGAAGUGUUUGAGCAGUGGAAGAUUCAGACUGGGUUGGAUAUCCAUGAAGCAUACGGACAAACUGAAACGGUAACAAUCUGUGCUAAUGUCCAAGGAAUGAAAAUUAAGCCAGGCUCAUUGGGGAAAGCAUCUCCACCCUAUGAUGUCCAAGUUGUUGAUGAGGAAGGAAAUAUUCAGCCCCCUGGGAAAGAAGGAAAUUUGGCCAUCAGAAUCAAACCCAAACGACCAUUUUGUCUUUUCUUGAGGUAUUCAGAUACCCCUGAGAAAACGGCAGCCACUGAACGUGGGGAUUUUUAUAUCACUGGAGACAGAGCGGUCAAAGAUGAAGACGACUAUUUUUGGUUCGUUGGCCGGGCCGAUGAUAUCAUCAAUUCUUCAGGGUAUCGCAUUGGUCCUUUUGAAGUGGAGAGCGCUUUGAUCGAACACCCAGCAGUGGUCGAAUCAGCUGUUGUCAGCAGUCCAGAUCCUAUUAGAGGAGAGGUAGUCAAAGCGUUCAUCAUCUUGUCUCCUGCUUUUCUGUCCCGCAAUCCAGAGGCGUUAAUCCAAGAACUCCAGGACCACGUGAAAAAAUCUACAGCUCCAUAUAAAUAUCCCAGGAAGAUAGAAUUCGUCCAAGAGCUUCCCAAAACAGCAGCUGGAAAAAUUCAACGGAGUAUCUUGCGGAAACAAGAAUGGAAUCAAGUCAAGCGUCAGCUCGACCUUCCCAAAUAA